ACCUUUUAGUUUCAACAUAUUUUCUGACUUGGUUUUUGUUGAUAUUACCUACUUUAUGUUGAUGGGAAACGAAAGUUAAUGCCUAGGUAAUUUUAAAACCUGUUUUUUCAUCGUGGGAGAUUAUCAGUGACCGGUUGGGUGAUUUUGUGUUUUAGCUUCUUAUCUGUGAUAUUCUAAUAGCUGGGAAUGACUCAAGUUGGCUUCUAGAGCAGUGAGGUCUGAGACGAAAAGGACCAUGAAAAAUGUAUAUCAAGCAAAGCUAUGUAAAUUGUGAACCAUAUUAAGUAUAUUCUUCAUUAAUGAUUAUAAAAGUUUUGUCUCACAGGGAAGACGUCUUGGUAUCGGUUGGGCGAACAUAGCACGAGCUGCCAUUUGGGCGGGAAUGCGUAUUAACCUACAACCUGUUAUUGCACAUGGCAGCUUGUGCUAUGUUGGACCAGGACGCUUGAGCCUGACGGCUACGCGCCCUAAUCCACGAAGAAGAAGAAAGAAGAAGCUUGUGCUACGUCUGCCUUAUCGUUACCAACGUCUUCAGUGAAACACUUUCAGCAGUGCAGAUGAGAAAAAAUUAAUUGAGCAAAUAUAAUGCCGUAGGUACAUAUCAAACAUAUAAACCAGGUUACCAUCAACAUGUCGGGUGUAACAGGCGGAUUGCGCUGAAAUUUCAGCACAGUGUCCAGAGUAAUGGUGAAACUUCAGUUUUUUACAUAAAAGAAACAAUUUUGAUGAGGAGUAACUCCAAGCGCUUACAUUUUGGAGCAUAACUGGACAAAGAAAUUUCAGCGCAACUGGAUGAGUUAAGAAAUUUUGAUGUAAGAUGACAAGACCUGAAUUCUGACCUUAGCUGACCUUCAAUCCCUACACAAUACGCUUGAUUAUCUUAAACCCGAGUUAAUGACAUGUUCUGUGCUUUCUCAGGUAGUCUGUAGCUUGUUAAAUAUGUGAUAGAUUUUAAUAACAGAUGUUGAUGUUAUUAAACUUUAAAAAAGAUGUUUGCAAUCUUUUGUUCCAAUAAAACUUGCCAUUAAAGUUUGCCAUUGUGUGCCUGUGGCUGGCUUUGUGGUUUCUGAAUUCUGAGCAUAUUAUCCUCCAUCAGGCUUGUUUCCAGCAGCACAACUGGAGCAGUGAGCACAGCAGCUAAUUCCCUAUCUUCCUUCCAGCUCUGCAAUGGUCUGCAUUUCUGGAAUGGUUUCAAACAGGCCUAACUGAACACAAAAUGCAUUUUCACAUAGUAACAGUUUAAGAAUAAUAUUAUUCUUAAGACAGUUGUAAAGCAAUGUAUAAGGAAAUGGAUAUACGGUGUUUAAUUGUAUAUGAAUAGAAUUAGGUGUGCUGAGACUUGUACUUUAUGAACUUGAACAGUGAACACUAGAGUAACUAAUUCAACUAUUUGUUGUUAUGCAAACUGCCCGCCAGCGGACGGAGGCCAACCGACGGACGCCGGCUCAAUGGCCAACAGUGGCCCGCCCGCCGGCCGACACCGGCCCGCCGGCCGACGGUGGCUCGUCGACCGACACCGGCCCGUCGGCCGACUACGGCCCUCCGGCUGAUGGUGGCCCGCCAGCCGACGGAGGUCCGCCGGCCAUUCGUGGCACGCCCGCCGACGGCAGCUCGACGACACGUCCUGGCUAUGUCACCCCCAAGAUUACUUCGCCCCCCAAGUCCCUAGGUCACCAGUUGCGGGCGCUCCAUCUGACGGUGUCGUCCGACGGCUCCACGGUGACCAGCGCCGCCACUGCGGAAACCAUCGGACCCCGAAAAUGCUGCUAGCCGUACACGAACAAAAGGCGCCAGGCACCCAGGACCAGCGCCCUGCUCCGAGGCGGUUCCAAAGAAGGCCGCAUAGUGCACUUGCUGUGCUAAGGCAUAGUGCGCGCUGACUGAUAGGAACAAAUGACGGUCAGUUAUCAGAUCUCAGUAUGGAACUCAAGAUGGUCGGAGCCGACCUGGCCCGGUGGAUGGUGUGCCAGGGUUGAUUAAGUGUCGAAAGGAGUGAGACGCCCAGAUAUGUGAAGGAUACGUCGAUACGAGCCCCGGCUUCGACUCCCCGUCCCAAAACGAUGUUGGCUGUGAUUGGAGUUUGGUAUCUUUACGGAUCCCCCCCCCCCACCCCACCCCGGAAUUUGUGCUAUGUAAUAGGACGAUAUUAUGUCGUGGUCUCAUUCUGGCUCGAUAUGGUAAUAGGUACUUAAUUGGACAGAUGUUGAUGGUAUUGGUGGUGGAUGUAAAUGACAGGUUUGGCGAGCGCGAACUAGUAAUCGUGAGUGCACUAGCUGCAAUCAGUCGCGCGCUUAUUGCUGAGCACUUGUGAGCAAGAAAAUGGUAUGAAAGUGGUAGUUCGUCGUGAAAUAUGUGUACUUUUGGAUUAAGUUUUCAGAACAGAAGUGUAUUUUUGCCGUGUACACUGCAGCUCUGGAAUAGAUACAUAGAGAUCGGCUGUGUGCUGUAGCAGGUCCGUGCCAAAAAAAUCAAAGGUGAUAUGUGAAUUUAAGUGAAUAUGCCUCGCUUUAUUUUCAAUUUUAUUAUAACAGAACAAAUGCGUCGACUGCUGAUUACCCUCGGUUCCUAACAAUAACGUUUGCAAUACUGGAAAGUACAUAGAUAAUAGAUACCCUUGCGAC